UAUUUAUUUUUGAGGGCUUCGGCUAUAAAUAGAGGACGCAGUGGCUCACAAACCCUACCCCUGACUUCGUUCGCUGAGCUGCUGCAGAGAAAUAAUUUUUCAUUCUUCGCGGCCACUUCGAUUUCUUCUGAGUUUACAAUUUUGAUUCGUAAUGGGUAAGGAAAAGAUCCAUAUCAACAUCGUCGUCAUCGGCCAUGUCGACUCCGGCAAGUCGACCACAACUGGUCACCUUAUCUAUAAGCUUGGAGGAAUUGACAAGCGUGUGAUUGAGAGGUUCGAGAAGGAAGCUGCUGAAAUGAACAAGAGGUCAUUCAAGUAUGCUUGGGUUCUUGACAAGCUUAAGGCUGAGCGUGAGCGUGGUAUCACUAUUGACAUUGCCCUGUGGAAGUUUGAGACCACCAAGUACUACUGCACAGUCAUCGAUGCUCCCGGACAUCGUGACUUUAUCAAGAACAUGAUUACUGGGACUUCACAGGCUGACUGUGCUGUUCUCAUCAUUGAUUCCACCACUGGUGGUUUUGAAGCUGGUAUCUCCAAGGAUGGACAGACCCGUGAGCAUGCUCUUCUUGCCUUCACCCUUGGUGUCAGGCAGAUGAUCUGUUGCUGUAACAAGAUGGAUGCCACCACACCCAAAUACUCCAAGGCCAGGUAUGAGGAAAUUGUGAAGGAAGUCUCUUCCUACUUGAAGAAGGUUGGGUACAACCCUGACAAAAUCCCAUUCGUUCCCAUCUCUGGUUUCGAAGGAGACAACAUGAUUGAAAGGUCUACCAACCUUGACUGGUACAAGGGUCCCACUCUUCUUGAAGCUCUUGACAACCUCUCUGAGCCCAAGAGACCCUCAGACAAGCCCCUCCGUCUUCCACUUCAGGAUGUCUACAAGAUUGGUGGUAUUGGAACUGUACCAGUGGGUCGUGUUGAGACUGGUGUCAUCAAGCCUGGUAUGGUUGUCACUUUUGCUCCCACUGGUCUGACCACUGAAGUUAAGUCUGUUGAGAUGCACCACGAGGCUCUUCUGGAGGCUCUUCCUGGUGACAAUGUCGGCUUCAAUGUUAAGAAUGUCGCAGUUAAGGAUCUCAAGCGUGGUUAUGUUGCAUCCAACUCUAAGGAUGAUCCUGCCAAGGAGGCUGCUAACUUCACUGCCCAAGUCAUUAUCAUGAACCACCCUGGUCAAAUUGGCAAUGGCUAUGCCCCAGUUCUCGACUGCCACACCUGCCACAUUGCUGUCAAGUUUGCUGAAAUCCUGACCAAGAUUGACCGUAGGUCUGGUAAGGAGCUUGAGAAGGAACCCAAGUUCUUGAAGAACGGUGAUGCCGGUAUGGUUAAGAUGGUUCCAACCAAGCCCAUGGUGGUCGAAACCUUCGCUGAGUACCCACCCCUUGGCCGUUUUGCUGUCCGUGACAUGCGUCAGACCGUUGCUGUUGGUGUUAUCAAGAAUGUGGAGAAGAAGGACCCAUCAGGAGCCAAGGUCACCAAGUCUGCUGCCAAGAAGAAGUGACUUGUGCAAAUGGAAAUUGCUGUGGAUGGUGUUUCGAAGUACUAUUUAUCUUUCUAUCGUAAUAAGUUGUUUUAUUUUUACUGUGUGGUUUUGAACUAUUUAUUGAGUUUUGUUUGGGGUCGUUUUAGUUUGUGCUCGCUUUCCAGUCGUUGCACUCAGAAUUGGGUGCUUGACAGGCGGUGGUCACUUUUCGUUUGAGUUUGUUUUGCACUAUGUUGUUCCUGAACAGUUUUAUUUAGGUCUUGUCGAACAUUUCGAGUGUCAAAGAAAAUUUAUUAUAUUAUUAGCUUUACAAUGUCGAA